ACUUCCUCAUCACAGAUCGUCACCUUUCUCCCUUCCCCCUGGCUUCCUGUUGGGACUUCCUCUCAGUCCUGUGACACCAAGACCCUGACACCCCAGAGAUGCUGCUGCUGCUGCUGCUGCUGGCCCUGCUGUGGGCAGGGUCCCUGGCUCAGGAUGAAGGAUUCUGGCUGCAAGUGCCGAGGUCUGUGACGGUACAGGAGGGCCAGUGUGUCUCUGUGCCCUGCACCUUCUUUUACCCCCAGGAUGGCUGGAAGGAGUCUACCCCUGCUUAUGGCUACUGGUUCCGGGAAGGGGCCGACACAAACAAGGAUGCUCCUGUGGCCACAAACAACCUCAAUCAUAAAGUGAAGAAUGAGUACAGUGGCCAAUUCUACCUCGUUGGGGACCCACAGACCUACAACUGUUCCCUGCACAUCAGAAACGCACAGAGAAGGGGCACAAGGAGAUACUUUUUUCGGGUGGAGAGGGGAUCCUCUGUGAAAUACAAUUACAUACACAACAAGCUUUCUGUUCAAGUGACAGGUAAGAAACAGGGACAAGGUGAGGACACGUGUCUGGGUCCUGAGGGCUUCUGGGCUAGGACAGAACCUGAUUCUCCUCAUCCUGGGAAGGACUCAGGGACACCAAUGGGGCCUGGACCCUGGGGCUGGCCUGGCACUGAGGCCGCAGUUAGGGGCACACCUGGGGACCCCUCCCCCAGGCCCCAGCACCACGGCACCAACCUCACCUGUCGGGUGGAAAUGCCUGGUGGUGAGACCAGGGAGAAGACCGUCCAGCUCAAUGUGACUUGUGAGUACCCACCCAGUGAGGACACCAGUCCUUGA